AUGACCCAAGAUAAAAGUGAAGGAUCGGAAUCGUACGUGUUCCAAAGAACAGUGUCAGAAGUGGCCCCAAUGUUAGUGGAUGCCGAUGGUAUGUACAUUACAUACGAAGAUCCAAAGACCAAGAUCCGCAGGACUGUAAUUGAUGCCAUGACAGGUGCUGCAGUUGGUUCAUUGGGUCACAAGGACAAGGAGGUCACCACAUAUAUGGGAGAUGCUGCCAAGAAUUCCUUCUACUCUUUUGGUAUGUACUUCUCCAACUAUGCUGCGGAAGAACUUUCCAAAUUCAUGAUUGACAGAUCUCCAAAGGGCCACUUUGCAUCCGCUUUGUGGGUUGGUUCCGGAUCCGAGGCUAACGAAAAUGCCCUCAAGAUUGCUAAACAGUACCAUAAUGAACGAGGAGACACCAAGAGAUACCGGUUUAUCUCCAGAAAGAAUGCAUACCAUGGUUUCACCAUUGGCGCCUUGUCUGUUGGCGAUGGCGUGCGUAAGGAGGACUUCAAGCAGAUCUUGCUCAGCGACGAGCAGACUCCAAAAGUCUCUGCUUGCAACCCUUACAGGGGAAUUACCGAUACUGUUAACGAGGAGCAGUACACCCAACAACUUCUUAAAGAAUUGGAGGAUUGCUUCAUUAAGAAUGAUCCUUCUACCGUUUGUGCUGUCAUUUUCGAGACUGUUGGUGGCUCAUCAUUUGGUACUGUCCCCCCUCCAAAGGGUUAUUUGGAUGGUGCCAGAGAGCUAUGCCAUAAGUACGGUGCUUUGUUUAUGUUAGACGAAGUCAUGUGCGGGUUGGGAAGAUCUGGUCAUUACCAUACUUACGAGAAGUUCAUGACCAGUGGCAAUGGUCCUGAUCUGAUGACAAUUGGUAAGACUAUUGGCUCUGGUUUCGUCACCUUGGCCGGUGUUUUGAUCUCCCCGAUGGUGAAGAACGAAAUUGUUUCGGGCUCCAAUGCGGUUUCUGGUGCCCAGACUUACCACUGUCAUGAGUUCAACUGUAAGAUUGGCUUGGCUGUUCAAAAGAAGAUUUUGAGAGACAAUCUAGUUGAAAAGGCUGCCAAAGUGGGCCAGUAUAUGUUUGACUCUAUCAAAGAACAAUUGAAGGACUCGAAGAUAGUCGGUGAUAUUAGAGGUCUUCCUCUAUUCUUCUCCCUCGAGUUCUGUGACCCCGUCACCAAAAAAUCGUUCCCUCCCGAAUGGAAAGUCAGCUACAAGGUUUCUGACAAGGCUUUGGAAAAUGGUAUUACAACCAUGGGAAUGCAAGGUACCAAUGGAGCUUCCAAGGACGAUAAGGGAGAAGUUGUUGGACUAGGAGACCACCUUUCCAUUGCUCCAGCUUAUAUCAUCACCAUGAAGGAGGCAGACAUAAUUAUUAAGGACCUAGUUAAGGCAGUCAAGGAUACCGAAGCUGAGCUUCCAUUAUAA